AUGCAGUCCUUUUAUGGCGCCGUCGCCAAGUCGCCGUCGCCGGCGACCAACGGCUACUUCAGCAGCGGUGGCAGUUGCGGUAGCAGCUGCGCUCCCAGAGCUGAGACUGGCAACGGUGUGCAGAAGUCCUUCUACCAUCAAAGCCACUGGAGCAAGGCCAAAGCCGUUCCUCCGCCCAUCUUCGCUUCCAACGGGGCCCCCAAUGGCGCCACCAAUGGCGCCCAACGCCGCAGCGAUGCGGCGUUGCAGCUAGAUCGACAGCUGCGGGGAGUGGAGACGGUGUCGGCCUUGAUGAGUGUGGUGACGCCCAGCGCGUUGCCCCACUUCGACGUGGGUAACGUGGUCUUAGCCUUCACCGCGGCCGCGCGGGUGGUGGAGGAACGCACGCUGAGCACUCUGCGCUUUGGCUACCCUGCGUGGAACUCGCUCCUGGCUCGUGUGCGCGACUGCGUCCCUUGUCUGGAACCCAGAGGACUUGCGAUGGUGGCGCAUUCCGCAGCCAAGUUGGGCCAUAAAGAGAUGGCUCUGUGGUUGGAGCUCACCAGGUGUGCCUCUGCAAAGACCGAGGCGUUGACCAGCAGCGAUUUGGCAAAGCUCUGCUGGGCGGUCUCAAAGCUGGACCUGACUAACGAGUUCCCGGACUUUUGGCAGACCAUGGAAGAUGCCGUGAUCUGUGCCGCCUCCAACGCGCAGUCCGUGGAUCUCUCGAUGCUCGCCUGGGCUUUCGGCAACGCCGGGCGCAACGAGGGCCGCGACGGAGACGCUUCGGGGUGCCUGACCGAGGCGCUGGCGCGGAACGCGCUGCGCUUGGUGGAGGAGCUAACGCCCCAGUGCUUGGCGAACAUUUGCUGGGCCAUGGCCAGACUGGGCCCUUCGGCUUCCGCGCCCGCCUUGGGCGCCUUGGCGCGGCGCGCCGAAGCCACGCUGGGCGACUUCGUGGAGCCGGACGUGGUGCACUUCUGCUGGGCCAUGGCGAAGCUGGAGCAGGUGGACCCAGAGUUGUUCGAUCUCCUAGCGGAGCACAGCGUGCGGGCCGGCUUCCUGCGUCGCUUGACAGCGCCCAUGGCAUCGCAGCUGCUGUGGGCCUUCGCCGCGGCGGAGGUGUUCCAUGUGCCGCUGCUGGAGGCACUGGCGAAUCACGUGGUGAGGCAUGCGCACGUCUUGGAGCCCGCACAGUUGGCCAACAGCUGCUGGUGUUUCGCUACGGCCAACUUCAGCACUCCGAGCCUUCUGGAGGCUUUCGGUAGUCGUAGCCUUCGAGGGAAACUGUGCAGCUUCAGCGCUGCGGAGUUCAGCGCCUUCGUUUGGGGCCUGGCAAAGCUGUGGCCGAGGGAUCUGAGGGAUGAUGAGGUGGUACCGCAUCUGUUGCAGUUGAGCCUGGGUCAUUUGGAGGAGCUGGAUGACUCAGGCGACAGCAACGACUGGUGUAUCGGAUAUGGCUUGGUGAACCUCCUGAGCUCCCUGGUGACCCUGAGCCGUGAAAAAAUGGAGCCGCAGGGCCUCCUGGAGCAGCUCCUGGACCGUGUCCAUCAGCGUUUCCAGCGGCGUCCGCCUCCGGACGCUUUGGCGCUGCCGCUGCGCCGCUGCUUCUGGCGCGCAGGGCGCGAGGCGAGCUGGGAGGACCUGCAGGCGCCCUAUGAGACGUUGCGCUGGGCGUGCCGGUUUGCUUCUGGCGAAAACCCGAGCUUGACCGAUUUACCAGACUGCGCCGAUGCCGGCAGCGGUGAAACUGGCCGCCUCUGGGAGUUGGAGCAGCUGCUGCGGCAGCUUUGGCGCGGCCGCGAGCGCAGCGCGCGCAGCGCGCCGGAGACGCUGCGGUGGAUGGAAGACUUCGGAGCGGAGCAGUGCCGGGAGCUGCAGCUGAACUUGGGUACACGAGCCGCGGUCUUUGACGAGCUCACCUCCCAGCAGCCUUCGUUGGUCCUGGAGCUGCAAGCGCCUGGCGAUGGCAUGCUGUCCUCGUUGCGCUUGGCUUGGCGGCUUUCGGCGCACGGCGGCAGGGUGCUCUGCGUCCAGGAGGAUCCUAUGCACGUGGCUGCGGCACGCUGCGUGGCCGAACUGCUGGGCCUAAGCGGCUCGGUCGAGUUCCUUUUGGGCCAGCCCGAAGAUGUGCUGCCGCAGCUGUUGGAAAGCCACGGGCGCAAUGCAGUGGAGGUCUUGAUCUUGCGUGGAGGAAGCGAAGAGGCGUAUUUGUCGCAGCUGAAGCACGUGGAAGAGCUGGGACUGUUCACCUCCGGCUACAUCCUGGCGGAUCAUAUGCUCCGCUAUGGCUCUCCGCGCUUCCUACAGGAGAUGCUGGCACGACGCCGCUUGGAACUUGUUGAGGUGGUUGACAGCCAAGGCCCCGACUGGAUGGCCCUUAGCGUGGCGCCUUCCGCGGCCGCUGCCCUGCCUGCCCCGCCCUGGCCGCCGGGGCUGGCGGCGCUAACGGCGCGGGUAAGACGAGCCUGGCGUGGCAGUCCUGCAGCUGAGUUGGAGCAGAGGAUCGUCCGCUGCGCGCGGGAGAUGGGGCUGAGUCCCACCAGACGUUUCCGCACGGAGACGGCAUCGGUGCGGCCGCUACCAAGCCAGGUGUGCCCAACGUCGUCCCUUCGCCUUCCGGAGGCCGAGCCCGAGCCCGUGCCGCACGGCAGGUCGCCCCGGGUGGCGCAGGAGUAUCUCCGGAGCCUGGACUUCAAGCGAUGGCUGACGGAGCUGGACCCCUCGGGUGGCUGUCUGGAGCACCUGCCGCAGGCCCUCCAGCGUUACGACACGGUGGAGCAGCUUCAGGAGGCCUGGGAACAGGACAACGAGAAGUGCUUCGAGGCCCUGGGGCUGACGUGCCCUGCGAGGCAGCGCUUGAAACAACGCUGGGUGCAGGAUCCUCCAACGACCUGCCGAGAGGUCCACAGCAAUUUGCCGCCGGCGUCAGCGACGGGAGCGUUGCCGCCCAGCGCCGCGGCAGUGCAGGAGGAACCUCAAAUGCCAGAUGAUCCAGCCAACUUGCGGAACAGAUGUGCAGUCCACCUGCUGCCGUGCAUCACGAUGCAAUGUGGCAUUCUGGCACUUCCGUUCCACACAAGCACACCAGGCUGGGAGCAACUGCCUGUGACCCUGGCGAUGCUCAUCAAGGGCGACCAUCAGACAAUCCGGCACCAGCUUCACAAAGCCGAGGAACACAGCAUCGCCGGCUUCGAGUUCAUUUCCAAGCAAUGCCGAAGCUACAGAUGGUCCGCUGAGAUUCUUCCCGCCACAGAUGAGCAGAGUAUCCUUAUACAUGCCUACUGGGGAAUGGGCCUCCAUGCGCCGCACCCAGCGGUGUACGGAUUAUGCAUUCGCUUCCACGAUUCGUGCGCAGAAUCCAAAGAACUGAUACAACGAGUGCUGGAGCUCACGCGCUUGGAGCCGCUGCUGCUUGCACGCAAGAUCUCUAGCGACACGGUGAUCGAUUUGAAGCACCUGUCUUUCUCCGACUGGUUGGCCUCUGUGGACGUAUCGCUGGAUCUCCAGCAGUACCUGCCGUGUAUCCAGGAAAGCUACGACACCGUGUCGCAGAUUGUGGCAACCUACACCGUGGAGAAUGGAAGUCAUGAGAAAACGUUGGAUCCCCAGCUCUUCGAGGACUUCGCAGUGGACGUUGCCGCGCACCGCGCGGCCUUCCGGAGUUGGUUCGUGCGCUUCUGCGGCGUGAAGUGUGACGGCUGGGAGGACCCGUCCACACCGCACUUCGGGGAAGAAGGCACAGCGGGUGGAGGAUUUUGA